UUUGGCGGUCUCGAUAUUCACUACCUCUUUCUCUUUUCUUCUUGGUUCAUGCGACUCUCUGUGAUGUUUCAGUUGAAGAAUGAUCAAAUAAUACAGUUGGAGGAACGAUUGCAAGAGUCGGGGCAACAAGUGCGAGUUCUUGAGAAUGCUGCCUCGCGAGCUGGAGACGAAAUGCGCACCAGUUCUGCCUCACUGGCCCAACGUGAUGCUGAGUUGGCUGAGCUGCGUGAGGCUCUUGGUGCUUCCCAAGCCGCACACACUGCAGCGACAAAACGCUGUGAGGAGAUCCGUGCUGAAUUGCUGGGCGCUGUGGAACAACAGCAACAGGAAUCCGACCGCACUCUGCGUCAGAAGGAAAAACAGAUCGGAACCCUGCAAGAGAGUCUCAACUCCUUGCAAAAGGAAUCCGACAGGAGCUCAAAGCGAAAUGAGAAGAAAAUGACGGACAAUUUGGCCUAUGUGGAGAAACUCAAAGACCAAUUGAAAGAAAGUACCCAAGAAAAGGUGAGGUAUAUUAAUUUGAGUAAUGAUCAACUUGUACCACAGAGAGAGAUGGCCAAACAGUUGACAACAACCAAACAGAAUAGCUUCAAACUGGAAAAGGAGAUAAGCGAAAAGAAAAGUCAAAUAUCGACCAUGGAAGAACAAAUCGGAAGCCUGAAUGAGCAAAUACAUAAAUUGAAUGCUGAUCAGGACAAAUUGGCAGAACUAAUGAGCACUAAAGAUUUGGAAAUAGGGAGACUGCGACGAAUUGAAGCAGAAUUCGCUGAUUUUAAACGUACAGUAACAGAAAACACACCACCUUGCUCCACACAGAUUUCAAGGGCUCCAGAAAUGGAAGCGCAAAUGACUCCUCAAUCACCAUUCAGAUUGGAGAAAUUCAAUCAAAUGGUACUGUUGAAGACACCUCAGAAAACUCCCAAGAGUAUACUUAAGCAACCUGGUUCUGAGUGCAAACGACGUCGGGUGCUUCUAAUUUCUCCAGAAAGAAUGUCAGAAGUAGAGGAUACUCCAGAAGAGCGAAAAACCGAAAUGUCUCAUUUUGAUUCAAUGGGAACAGUGGAUCUGGAUGCAACACCUGAGAGAGGUGGUGCCUCAAAGCUACACUUGGCAACCCGCACACCAAAUGCACAUGGAAUUCCCCAAAUUCGUGUACCAAAUGUUCGAAAAACACCGAGUACAGGUAAUGCCAACCGUGGUCCCCCAACCAAUACUCGUACCAGCACAAGACAGACCAGAUCAUCCAGAAACCACGCGAUAACCCUAUCAGCGUCAACUGUUGCUGCUGUUGCAUCCGAAGCAUCUUGGUUUGAAUCAGAUGAAACAUUCGGACUGGGUGCAGAGGAGUGA